AUGAUCCUAAAGUUGCGCACGUCCUCAACUCGUACCCUGGCGGCGGACACUGGCAUACCCAAGAGCAACCUCUCUCGGUGGAGGCAGCAAACGACGAUGAUCCAUAGCUUCGACGGCAACAAGAAGCGAUUCAAUCUUGACGUCGCUGGAAGACCAGAAGAACUCCCAGGCUCUGCUUCCCUCGAAGCAUACAAGACGAAGCUCAGAGGUGAGGAGCGUGCAGUAACAUGCACCCAUCUGAUCAAUUUUCUCAAGCGCAACCAUCGAGACUGGCUUGACCAGUACCUCGCUGCAAGCGCUAGCAGCUACAAGUCGCUCUUUAAGCUUCUCCAGCGGUUCUGCGCCCGACACGGCUUCACCCGCCAGAAGCCAGCAGAAGUCAACGAAGUUGACCCAGGGCGACCUCUCUGA